CGAUCAUGCAUUUAUUCCUUCGACUGCAAAAAUACUUUCGCCCUUGAUUUGUAAGCUGUGUUAGUCUUAUACUGGUCCUUCUCUUGAAUUUCCUGUAUUCAGAAGUACCUCUCAUAACACCAAAAGCCACACAAGAUUCGAGAUCCGCCAAUAAUGGAGGGCAGGAAGAUUGUGAUUUCAGGUGCAGGCCGUGGCCUUGGUCGUGCUUUGGCCAUUGUCGCUGCUUCUCAGGGGGCUACUCCAAUAUUGCUGGGAAGAUCUCAUAGCGCAUUGCAAGAAGUCAGUGAGACAAUCAAGAGCGAUAACGGUGCAACGGCAUACCCUAUUAUAUGCGAUCUUUCAAAUCCUACCUCCAUGGCUCAAGCAACGAAGGAGAUAGCCGAAUCGCAUCCUGAUAUCGAUAUCUUGGUCAACAAUGGUGCUCACUUCACUGAAGGCAGCUUCGACAAGCAAACCGAUGAUCAGAUCGCAUCAAUCGUCGGCUCAGCAGUCACUGGCACCAUGAUCUUGACACGACAGCUUCUGCCGUUACUGAAACAACGACCACGUGCAGACAUUCAUAACAUUGUAUCAAUGUCUGGUCUUCAGUAUGCAAGACUCACUGGUGCUUCACUUCCUUUCAGAGCGGCAAAGGCUGCUCAGGAUGGUUUCACUCAGGGAUUAGUGGAGGAGCUGAAAGGUACAUCUGUACGCGUCACUUCAGUUUACCCUGGGUUGAUUGAAGAUUUAUCCCCUGCCAGUGCCGAAUGGGAGAAGCAGCGUGGUCCUGAUGAAGGCAUGACGAAUAAGAACGUCGUUGACACGAUCAUCUACGCACUAUCGGCUCCCCCGAACGUGUCAUUACGCUCUAUCGUUAUCGAGCGAACUCACUCAGACUUCCUGAUUUGAUUGGUCGAGAGUACAGAUAUCCAGAAGAAACGAGUCUAAUAGCUUCAGAGGGAUGUACGACAGGGAGAAAACUUAUAGUUGUGGAUGUGAUUUGUUCAGGAUCAUGUUAUUGCGAUAGAGGUCACUAGCAAUGGAUUUACC